AGUUUUAAAUGUAGCAUCUGAUGGCUCCAACAUCAUCCCUGUAUCUGCUGUUGUACCGCGUAAAACCCAUGCCGACUUCCACGCCGAUAUCUUUCCCGAUACUCGCGAAGAUAUUCCUCAAGUGGCAGUUACUGAAUGGCUGACUGGCAUCAAUACCACUCCUCGUAUUGUUUCACUUGAUCCAGCAAAAAGGCAAAGUUUUGCUCCAGUGACUACGACUGAAUCAACUGCUUCUUUAUCCACACUCCCAAACCAAAUACAACCUUUAUUGGAUUCCACUAAAAACUCCAUAUCGGAUAUACAGAUGCAAAUCAAUACACCUGAUUCAGCUUCUACUACUAUACCAACGGCAAUUAAAAAUUCUGCCAAGGUUAAUCUACCCAAACACUCUGCUUACAGAUUUAUCACUGGCAAAUCCAAUACCGAUUAUGAUGACCUAAAAGGACUGAGUGUCAAUUUUCCUAAUGAGACAGAUGCAUUUCAGAUCAAUUCAAAAUUUAUUGCAUUUUCAAUUUCUGGUCCUGGCGGUCGUGUUGGUGUGUGGCCCGUUGAAUCCAAAGGUCGUUUUCCAGUUAAAAUUCCAUGCAUUGUAAAUGGAUCAGAAAUGCUAGAUUUUAGACUGGAUCCAUUCAAUGUGCAUCGAUUGAUUACGGGCUGUGAGGAUGGACGUAUCCGUAUUUUUGAUUUGCCUGCUAACGGACUAACUGAUGAUCUUUAUCAAGAAAACAACUUUUUCCCUGCGCAUAAUGGUCGAGUUGUUCUUUUACAAUUUCAUCCAAUGGCGUUAGAUAUUAUCAUGUCCUAUUCACCUGAACAAGGCUCACCACUGAUUAAGAUUUGGAAUAUUUGCACCAAGAAACUUAUUUCUACCAUGACACUUCCUGAUCAAGCACUUAGUGUGGCAUUCAGUUAUGAUGGAAACUGUAUUGCAGCGAUUUUGCGUGAUAAAACCAUUCGUGUUUAUGACAGUCACACUGGACUAGAGCUUCAAAGUGGACCAUCGCACCAAGGAACCAAAGCUGCACGUAUUUUAUGGAUUGGCGAUACUGGACGACUGGUUUCCGUGGGAUAUGCCAGAGCAAACCAGCGAGAAAUUAUUCAAUACGAUAGUCAGAAUCUGACACUGCCUGUUUGUUCCACUCCACUUGACACGUCACCUAGCAUGCUGAUUCCCUUUUAUGAUCACGACACAGGUCUUCUCAUUCUUUGUGGUCGAGGAGAGUCUGUUGUCACAUUUUAUCACCUUUCUACCGAACCCGAGCCGCUAUUUCUCACUCGCUACAGUGUUCCUGGUGGAAUCCGGCAACUAUCUAUGGCACUAUUACCUAAACGGCAUUGUAACGUCAAGGAAAUUGAAGUUUUGAAGGGAUUUAGGCUUACUCCAACGUCGGUGGAAAGUAUUUCAUUUACAGUACCAAGACUACAGAAAGAGUAUUUCCAAGAUGAUAUUUUUGUAUCAACGAGAGAUGUUGAAAAUCCGGCUUUAUCUGCUGAUGAAUGGACAAUGAAGAAAUCGGGAACAGUCAAACUGAUUGAUCUUAAACCAGCAGAUAUGCAACUGUUAUCUACUGCACCAGUUGAGCAAAAGGUGAUUCGAAAAACUGUUGAUUUAGUUGUUGAGCAAACCGAGUAUGAGCGAAAGGAAGCAAGUAUAAAAGCCAUGUUUGAUAUAGCCAUGGAAAAAUCAAAACAAGGCCCGUUACCACAAGAUUUGAUUGAAGGUGUUGCGGAUGACGAAUGGGAUUAA